UUGCUCAUAUAGGAGAUGCCAAGACUCUUUCAAGAUGGACAAGAAAGAGAUGGUGAAAUAGACAUGUCUGUCAGAGAUGGUGAAAUAGACAUGUCUGUGAAGAUGUGGACUACCUGCAUCUGGACAGAAAGAUCCUAUGAAGCUUCACUGUUUCCUGGGAUUGACUUUGGGCUUUUCCUACGCAGCUUAGGUGGAGGGCAAAGAAGGCCUUCUUCUGGGGGGGCCAGAGCCAUCAGUGAGAUACACUCUGGAAGAGCUAGAAUUCUAACCUUGUGCCAGGACCUACGGGCCGGGGGACAGUCUCAGGUAGACAGUUUCUAUGGGGCGUAGGCCUCCCCAAAGGUAACGGAAACGUGCAAAG